CUCUUCCUUUCACAGAUUACCAGCCCCAAUCCUAAUGCUACUGUUAAUAUCACUAGCUUUUCAAUUGAUGGUAACUAUCCUAACGGGACUUUUCUGAGGACUUUUAUUCGUAUUGCCGGUGGUACAACAUUGAAUAUUACUAAAGGAGCUCCAGAAAACCUUACUGGAGUGCCAAUUGUGUUGCAUUUUACUGAUGGAACAGAGGAUAAUUUUGGUGUCAUCACACUGAUCAUCAGGGGUCCCAACAAAGCUCCAAUUUUAUCUGAUGACUACUCAUUUAGCAUACCAGAAAACUCUGCUAAUGAAGAUCUGGUUGGGACCAUCGAUUUCACUGAUGAAAUUCCUAACAGUGUCAGGUUCACAUCAUCUCUCUCCUCUAUAUUUGGGUUCCAGCCCAACACUAACAGGAUAGUGGUCCUCAAUAGUGCUGCACUGGACAGAGAGACAAAGGAUACCUAUACAUUUAUGAUCAAUGCUACUGAUAGUGAGGGACUCCAGUCAUCAGCUAAUGUCACCGUCACACUGACUGAUGUUAACGAUCAAAUUCCAGUCAUUAAUAACACCCAAAGUGAAUUAUAUCGUAUUAUAAUUCAAAGUGCACCAAAUGGUUACAGUUUGGUGAAUAUGUCAGCAAGUGAUGGUGAUGAAGGAGCUAACAGCGAGUACAGCUUCUCCCUUGAUGAUCCUUCUCUCCCAUUCUCCAUCUCAGGCUCUCAUCUCUACGUCAAUGGAACACUAGAAGCUAAAACAUACAGUGUGGUCGUCAUUGUAACUGAUAAAGGGAUGCCUCCACUGAGCUCUAACGGUACAGUUACUGUUCAGGUUGAGCCUAGGAAUGACUUCAGCCCUAGCUUUGUAUCAACACCUUACACCUUUAGCUUUCUUGAGAACAGCAAUGGGUCUGUAUUUACGUUCAGCAUCACUGAUGGUGAUACUGGAGGAGUUGGGUCUCCUGGUUCUGCUAAUCUGUCACUAGCCACUACAACUUAUUCGUCUUCUUUCUCUCUUACUGCUUCUCACGAUACUCCAAAUGCUACCACUGGGUACUUGACUGUCCUCUCUCAGUUUGAUCGCGAGACUCUACCGACCUUUAAUUUGACCAUAGUAGCAUUUGAUACAGGGUACCCAGAGUUUCGUAAAACCUCAGAGACUAACGUUAUUGUUGAGGUUUCCGAUGCGAACGAUCACCCCCCAGAGUUCUCUAAAAGUGUGUAUUACGCUAAUCUGGCUGAAAAUGCUUCCACCGGGUACCAGUUCCUCCGUGUAGUAGCAAGCGAUAAUGAUACAGUCGUUGACUCAUCUCUUACUUAUUCCAUCCUCAACUUCCAAUCAACCUUUAGCAUUAACACUACAAGCGGUUGGAUCAUGGUUUCGGGGACUCUGAACAGAGCUCUCCAUCCAAACUACACCCUCUCUCUACAGGUCAAUGACAGCAGUAAUUACACUGAUACUGCUCAAGUUAUCAUUACUGUCAUUGAAGUGAACGAUCACAUCCCUCGGUUCGAGCCUCCUCUACCUCUAAGUGUCAAUAUAUCUGAGAAUCAAGAGUAUAGUCUUAAUGUGUCUGUGAUUGAUCAAGAUCUGGGACCAGCUGGUACUGUGACCAUUAGUGUCUCUAAUGACACUUAUUUUGAGAUUCAAGACAACCAGAGGCUGGUAUUGAAAGAUCCUUUCAAUUAUGAAUCCACGUCAGUUGUCAAUGUUACAGUCCUUGCUUCUGAUGAUGGUGAUCCAAGACUCUCUACUUCUGCUACUAUAACAGUUAAUGUUGAAGAUAUUAAUGAGUUUCCUCCUCAGUUCUCAUCAGCUAAUUAUACGAAAACUACUCUAAACGUAUCAAUAGACACAGUUCUUGUUACUGUCUCGGCCACUGAUGCUGAUGGUAGAGACAACUCUAUCACAUAUUCAUUUGCUCCUGAUGGUGACACGGCAUUGUUUGCAAUUAACGAAAAAACUGGACAAAUAAGUCUUAGCUCUUCAUUUCCGGCACUUGGUCCAACUCAAGCUUCUUUGUCAUACACCUUUGAUGUCAUUGCUACUGAUAAUGGCCAGCCGGAGACAAUGUCUUCCAAUGCUAGUGUCACCAUUACAGUCAUCACUCCUGACAAUUUCCACGACCCUCAGCUGGGCAACACUAGCUACACUGGUUCACUGGUUGAGAAGGCUUCAAUAGGCACACCGAUACUCACUGUCACUGCUACUGAUGCUGACGUGUCUGUAUCUGCCUCUUCUGUCCAGUUUUUCCUUACUGGGACUAAUGCUCAUCUUUUUACGAUUGAGAAUUUUGAUAACAACACUGCACUAAUGAAAUCAAACUUUACUGCCGAUUACGAGAAUAUGAAAUCAGUUGGAAAUGUAGCUGUGUUUGCACGUGAUAAUGGGAAUUCACCUCGUACCAGUGAUAAUGCAGAAAUCACAGUAUUCAUAGUCAAUGUGAACGAUAAUGAACCAACCUUUGUUGAAAAUGUGUUUGUAUUCAAUCUAAAUGAAGGGACUGAUACACCUAUUAAUAGCACUGUUGGUAAUAUCAAUGCCACUGAUCUUGACGGGAAUACACUAACAUACAGCAUAGAACAAGUCCCUGGGUCACCUGUAUUCAUCCCUGUCAAUGGAGGGCAGCAAGUUAUGUUUACUGGACCUUCCUUAUUGGACUAUGAUGAGUCACCUGACAAUAGGUCAUUCAAUUACACUAUUGAUGUUACUGAUGGUGAGUUUAAUGAUACAGCUAUUCUCACAGUGAAUGUGGUGGAUAUCAAUGACAAUGAUCCAGUGUUUAUGGAUACUCAUUACAUGUUUACGAUUGCAGAGAAUUUACCUGUAAAUCCAAAUAUGGCAAUAGGAACGGUGACUGCGAUCGAUGACGACAGUGGACAAAAUAAGGAGAUAUCUUACUCUCUUAAUACAACUCGCUUUAUCAUCAAUUCAACCGGAAGCAUCUUUCCUAACGACGUGUUUGAUAGAGAACUAACCCCUUCAAUUCAACUGCUUGUAACAGCAACCGAUAAUGGAGUCCCUCCUCGUCAUACUAACGAACCAGUCACUAUCAUUAUUGAGAAUAGGAACGAUGAAGCUCCAGUUUUUGCUGGUACCAUUAACACAAAUAUUAGCAUUAAAGAGAAUGCCACUAGGGACCAGUAUAUAGGCGACAUUAAGUUCCGUGAUCUUGAUAAUUCCUCUCUUAUCUAUAGCAUUAUCGGAGGCUCUGGCAGAAAUUAUUUCUACAUUGAAAACAACUCAUCAUUAUAUGUUGCUAAUAAUAAUCAGUUUGACUAUGAAAAUGUUUCAAUGCGUGUUCUCACUCUUAUUGUCCAAGCGUCUGAUGGUACCUUUGCUAGCAAUGUAUCUCUUACCGUCAACAUUGUUAAUGUGGACGAUUCACAGCCAAUGUUU